GUUUCAGUAUUGGCCAAUACUGGCAUGAUCUUCGAUCGUAUGGGACGCGGAGGACAAGUUGCCAUAAAUGUGCAACCGGUCUUGCUUCGAUUCGUGAUCACACGUGCUGUUUUGUAUAUUCACGUGUUUUGUGAGGCUGAGAGUGCGCGGAUUCAUUGGACCAAAAUCGCAAGAGGAUGAAAAUUCCUUUCAAGGAGAUUGCGUGAACAGUAUUUCCGAGCUUGACUUGCGCCAACUGUGUGAUGAAACGUGUUAACUUUAAUUGGGAAAAUGAGCAACGCAACACUUGCGGAUAAAUCAUCCGACACACGUUACGAUUAGUGCCUUUAAAGUAUCUUUGCUAUUAACAAAGAACCGUCCAUUUUGCAAGAUUUCAGAUAAAGUUCUAUAUGUUUGAUCCACGGGAUUCACUUAUGUUUAUUCAUUGUGAAACUUGGAAAAUUUUAUUGCAACAACGGCAGGUUGUAACGAGAAAAUAUUCGAAGCGCAUAAUUGUCGAUAGAGACUAAAAUUGAUAAGAACAAGUUAAAUUGAGCUACGAAUGUGAUCAAGAGAGAUACAUUGAGAGAAUCCUAUGGAGAACAUUUCUUAACGACAUCUCAUUUGUGGAGGACAAAUCACAGCGGGUGAAAAAUACAAUUCAAAGAGGAAAAAUAACGGUAUUAUAUAUUACGGUAUUGGAGAAGAGAGACGAUUAAUAAGAAGAACGAGAGUUGUAUAUCUAACAAAUUUAAAUUUAUCUCUGAAAUAAUAUGCCCAGAUAUACUUGAGAUAAUAAAUUCUCACGAGUCGAAUGCAAACACAAGUCCACGAGAAUUCGAUCGAUUACUUGGAAGAAGCUGACAUGCGAAUUGCUUUGAAACCUAUUAAAGAGUGAUAAAAUAAAAAAAGUAUAUAUACAUAUAUAGAGCAAGAUAUCAGAUCAAGUAAUAGAUAUAACGAACUCGAGCAACACUCACGCGAACGGAACGCACGAUAUCGCAGAGAGAUAUCAUCGCACAAGACUCUCGAUUCUCAUCGCGAUUCUCUCUCGGUGAAAAAGCGUGAAAAAGAGGAAGAAAAGAAGAAGCUGACUAAUAAACGGCUCGAAACAAUAGUUUCCUUGACAAUAUUAAUUAUCACGAAACAUGAAAACGUUCGCUAAUCAGAAAUAACGCGCCUGCUGAUAAGCUUACAUAAUCGCGGCGAGAGAGACACGGCCUGAUAAUAUACUGGCGAUGACCUUGGUAUUCUCGGGAUCAGUCUCCACGAUUGCGCUGCCGAGGAAGCGGAGCCGAAGAUGAUGAUGUCUCAAUAUAGUUGACGGCAUAUCAUUCGGUCCUGCGUGCGAAUCGCGCCCGAUUAUUGUGAGAAACGAUAUCGUAACCACUUCCACGGGGGAUGUCACGAGGUGUUGGCUAGCAAAAGUGCAGGCUGUACGUGAACAGCUGAGAGUGACACACGUGCUACAGUUACGUGCAUCGAAUGAAAGAUGACAGUUUCUUAUACUGCCGAGGUAGCGACUUGCAGGGGUCUUGGGUGCUUUUUAAAGUUGUUGCUCAGAUGGAGGGCGAGUAUCUAUAAACUCGUCUGGCUUGAUCUUGCACUCUAUCUCUCUAUUUAUUAUACCUUGUCCGGCAUCUAUCGUUUGGUAUUGGAUGAUAAGCAAAAGAAGAUUUUCGAAGCUGUGGUGGCGUACUGCAACGAGUACAGCAACUUGAUACCACUGUCGUUUGUCUUGGGCUUCUAUGUCAGUAUAGUCAUGACUAGAUGGUGGAAUCAAUAUAUGGCGAUACCAUGGCCCGAUUCCAUCGCGGUCUUCGUAUCGGCUAGUAUACAUGGAAACGACGAACGCGGCCGUCUGAUGCGUCGGACAAUUCUUAGGUACGUUUGUGUCUGUCUAACUGUAGUACUCACGAACGUUUCGCCACGAGUGAAGAAGAGAUUUCCUACUAUGGAGCAUUUCGUCGAAUCUGGAUUGUUGCUAGAAAGUGAGCUCUCAAUAUUCAAAAAUCUGAAUGCAAAAUUCCCCAAACCCAGCAAACAUUGGAUGCCGAUAGUUUGGGCGUCGAGCAUUGUGACUCGCGCUAGGAAAGAAGGUCGAAUACGCGAUGAUUUUGCGAUGAAAACCCUCAUAGAUGAACUCAAUCAUUUUCGUGGAAAGUGCGGCAGUAUUUCCCAAUAUGACACGAUCAGUGUCCCCCUAGUUUAUACUCAGGUGGUAACGUUGGCCGUUUAUACGUACUUUCUUACCAGUGUGAUAGGUCGUCAGGCCGUUCAAGACGCGGCCGUAAGUAUUGACCUGUACUUUCCAGUAUUUGCAACUUUGCAGUUCUUUUUCUAUAUGGGUUGGUUAAAAGUGGCCGAAACAUUGAUCAAUCCGUUUGGCGAAGAUGACGAUGAUUUUGAAGUGAAUUGGUUAAUCGAUCGCAAUUUGCAAGUGAGUUAUUUAAUUGUUGAUGAGAUGCAUCAUGAACAUCCCGAGCUCAUACGUGAUCAAUAUUGGGACGAGAUAUUCCCCAUGGAACUACCAUAUACAGCUGCGGCUCAGCCUUUCCGUGAAGAACAUCCGCAACCAUCAACAGCCAGGAUACAGUUGUCCGCAGCACAACAAGAGCUGCAACCGUCAUCGGUUAAGAUUGACGAAAUGUUGGCAGAUUAUCCUAAAUUCCAUUCAGAUAUCGCCGAUGAUGCUGCAUCAGGGAUACAUUUCACUGCGAGAGGCAAAAUGUCGCGGAGUACUAGCAGAGUGAGUACUCGGGAUCGUACGCUUAGCGGAGGUUCAACUUCCAGCAAUUUGGGCGGUUCGCUCACUAGAAUAAACAGCGUAACUAGUGUACUUAAGCGAUUCUUUAGUAGGGAAGAUAGACCAGAUGGAAUUACUAUGACUGAUAUUAAAACUCCGGGAAAGAUUCCAAGUUCGAGUUCCACAAUUUCUGAUGUUCUUGUUGCAGUAGAUAGACCAGGUGCAGGGGGUUCCAUGAGGAUAGGUGUCAUCGAGGAAGUAGACGAGCAGAUAACGUUAACUUCAAUGAAGCACGAUAGUAAACCCCAUGUACAAAGCAUAUUCGCACAAGGUCCACCACCAGCAAGUGCUCCUGUCGAUGUUCCCGGCAGUGAACGAUCUCGCAUGCGCGACAUGUUUCCCAGAAGCGCAUCUGUGGGAGGGAACAUAGUUUCAAGUGAUAAUUCAGAUUACAGAACUGCGCACGAAAAGCGGAAAAGCAUUAGGAGACAAAAAUCUACACAUUCGGUGGAAUCGAGCAUUAUCAACGAGCCGACGACCAGUUACAACAGUAAUUUAAGCAACGACGACCUUCCUAGCACUGCGAGCUCCUCAUGUUCUAGCGGCAACAACGCGACCGAAUUCACAAAAUUGAAGACCGAGAGGAAAGAAAAGCGACGUAUCCGUAAACUCACUCGAAGUGCGAGUGCAAUAGAUGAUCAAGCGCAUCCUGUCAACAUUGAAGCUCUUUUCCUCACGGACUUGACGGCAGCAUCACGACCAGCCCCAAUGAAUAUCGAAGAGGACACAGACUAUCUAUUAUAGGAAA